UUAGCACUGUUGAAAGUUAAGAAAGUCUACAUUUUUUAUGAUUAAAAAUAAUAACUGCCUUAUAUCUGGCAUUUUGUUGAGAAAUAGAGGAGGGAAAUGAGAUAUAAGAGCUGAAACGUCCACGCCUGCAGAGCACUUCUGUUUUUGCCGUCGACGUAGUUAAACCUCGACGCGACAAAUCAGGAAGUCCGGGACUUUUUUAUGUAUUUUUCCCGUGAUACUCAAAGUUUCUGCGGAAAGUGGACCUUAAACGGCGAAAUAUGAAGUGUCACGGUCUUUAACGCUUAUAGUUUAUUUAUUUAUUUUGUUUAUUUAGCUGUUACUAGUUUAUAGCUUAUUUAAAGCGUCGUUCUACACCCGGAACACCUGGAUAUUUAACUAAGUGAUGGAUGCGCCUCAGCUCACUGAAGAUGAAAUGGCAGAGAUCAAAAAAGACGUGCUGACCAGACUGCGGCACUACCUCUGCGACAAGAUCAGAGCGGAUCGCCACCUGGACUACCUGCGCUCCCGAAGGAUCCUGACGCGAGACGACGCCGAGGAAAUCAGCUGCAGGAGCACGCAGAGCAAGAGGACGGCGACCCUGCUGGACAUCCUGGCCGAGAACCCGCGAGGUCUGGACGCCCUGAUCGACUCCAUCCGGGAGAUGCGCUCGCAGAACUUCAUCAUCGCCAAGAUCACGGAUGAAGUGCAGAAGGCCAAGAACGAGAAGAUCGAGUCUCUCAGAGCCUCGGGCGCCUCCUGCUCCUCGUCCGACAGCUCCUUCAGCUCCCCGAGCGCCACCAGCGAUCUCGCCAACACGUUCUCCAACAACUCCACGCUGCUCUUCCACCCGGACGGCGAGCAGAGCCCCUCCACCUCGGACGCCGCCGGCUCGCUCAACGUGCCGUCGCUGCAGAAAUGCAACAACCUGCCGUCGGACGUCGGCGCCUCCAGCCUCCCGAAGCCCGGCGACCCCGGGGCUCCCCCGCUGCCGGACGAGAUCCUGCUGGAGUCGCCCUCCAACAUGGACGCCGCCACGCCAGGGUGCGCCAGCAGCGGCGGGGACUCGAACUUCCACCCGCUUCGGUCGCGGUCGCUCACUCCGACGUCACACAGGAGCAUCUUCUGAGUCAUUAGGACCGCCCAUUUGAAGGGACACACGGACACGCCCCCUUUAAUUAAGCACUCACAUUGGGCCUCAUGCAAGAACCGUUCGUACGAGUGAUUUAGGAGAAUUUGUGGCAUUCACCAAUGUUUUCGUAUUCUAAGAUUUUCUUCAGAUACGAACAAAAUUCACGAAAUGUCCAGACCUGUCGAAUAUUUUACGAGCUGUCAGUCUGCUGUUAUCCAGACGGGUUUUCUUCCCUAAUAACUUUAUAUUUCAUUAGUUUGAAGAUAUUUUGAGU